AUGCUCGGAAAGAUUGCUUUGGAAGAGGCUUUCGCCCUGCCUCGCUUCCAGGAGAAGACGAGGUGGUGGGCUUCGCUGUUCGCUACCGACCCGGCCAAGCACGCCGCAGAGAUCACAGAUAUUGCUGAGACGCGUAUCAAGUACAUGGACCAGCACGGUGUCGGCUACACCAUUCUUUCCUACACAGCCCCUGGUGUUCAAGACAUCUGGGACCCCAAGGACGCCCAGGCUCUGGCCGUCGAGGUCAAUGACUACCUUGCCGGUGCCAUCAAGAGCCACCCCGACAGAUUCGGCGGUUUCGCCACCCUUUCCAUGCACGACCCCAACGAGGCUGCCGCCGAGUUGAAGCGUUGCGUCACUCAGUUGGGCUUCAAGGGCGCCCUGGUGAACGACACCCAGCGCGCCGGCGUUGACGGUGAUGACAUGGUCUUUUACGACGGCCCCGAGUGGGACGUCUUCUGGUCGACGGUCGAGGAGCUCGACGUGCCCUUUUACCUGCACCCGCGGAACCCCACGGGCACCAUUCACGAGAAGCUGUGGGCCAAGCGCAGCUGGCUGAUCGGCCCGCCGCUCAGCUUUGCCCAGGGCGUCAGUCUGCACAUUCUCGGCAUGGUCACCAACGGCGUCUUUGACCGCCACCCCAAGCUCAAGAUCAUCAUUGGCCACCUGGGCGAGCACCUGCCCUUUGACCUGUGGCGCAUCAACCACUGGUUCGAGGACGUCAAGAAGCCCCUCGGCCUGUCCUGCAAGCGCACCAUUCGCGAGUACUUUGCCAACAACAUCUGGAUCACCACCAGUGGUCACUUUUCCACUGCCACUCUGCAGUACUGCUUGACCGAGGUCGGUGCUGACCGUAUUCUGUUCUCUAUUGAUUACCCCUUUGAGAGCUUUGGUGAUGCUUGCAACUGGUGGGACAACCUCAAGCUCAACGAGACGGAUUACAAGAAGAUUGGCAGGGAUAACGCCAAGAAGCUGCUCAAGCUCGACAGCUUCAAGGACUCUGAGGCGUAA